AUGGACAGGAUGUACAGAACUGAUCCUCUGGCAGGAAACUGGAGCUCCAUCUCCCUGGAUGACUCCAUAUUCCUGGAUGCCCAAAACAACAGCACAGAGCAGUGCUUCAACGCCCAUUCCCGCAGCUCUGUCCUGCAAGGGCUGCCGUUUGGCGGUGUACCCACGGUGCUUGCCCUUAACUUCAUCAUCUGGUUGGUGAGUGAAGACGGAAGGUCCUUAAUAUCUCAUUAUUAACCAUUUACUCGGGAUCCACAUUGCUUCACAUUCAGCUUCACAUUCAGCUUCACAUUCAGCUUCACAUUCAUUAUUAGAUAAGCCGUUUGCUCUUGUUUCAACUCUUCCCAGUGUCUAUGCAUGCAUACUAUCUGUAUAUACUAUCCACAGUGGCUAUAAUUUGCCUUGGGGGACGCAGGUGGCGCUGUGGUAUAAGCACCAAUUCUCUUGGACUUGCCAAUCAGAAGGUCGGCGGUUCGAAUCCCCGCAACAGGGUGAGCUCCCGUUGCUCUGUCCCAGCUCCUGCCAACCUAGCAGUUUGAAAGCACACCAGUGCAAGUAGAUAAAUGGGUACUGCAGCGGCCAGAAGGUAAACAGUGUUUCCAUGUGCUCUGGUUUCCGUCACGGUUUUCCGUUGCACCAGAAGCGGUUUAGUUGUGCUGGCCACAUGACCCAGAAAGCUGCUAUGGACAAACACCAGUUCCCUCCGCCUGAAAGUGAGAUGAAUGCCACAACCCCAUAGUCGCCUUUGACGGGACUUAACCAUCCAGGGGUCGUUUACCUUUUUACCUUUUUAUAAUUUGCCUCCAUUGUCAGAGUCAAUAUGCCUCUGACUACCAGUUUCUGGAAACAGUAGCUGUUGUUCUCAUGUUCUGCUCCCUGGUUUCCCUCAGGCAUCUGGUUGGCCACUGUGAGAACAGGAUGCUGGACUUGAUGGGCUGUUGGCCUGAUCCAGCAGGCUCUUCUUACGUUCUUGUUUCCAAAAAUACAAAUCACUGUCUUGUUUCCCCAAAGGGGAAGCGGUUAGAAGAGAACACACUAAAAAUGUUCCACACUGAUAGUAGCUUACCUUAAAAAGUCAUAUGCAGAUGUUUCUCCAUCCUGAGUUUGCCAUGUUAUCAGUGCUGCUGUAUGUAGAAUAACGCUUGAUAAUUGAUGACACUGCUGUACACAGUUCAUGUUAUUCUGCUUCUAAAGAAAGUUGCUUCUUUCUGAUAAAGCCUAGGGUGGAGCUACAUGUUACAACAUAAAACAGAACCCCCAACCCCAAGUUAUCCUUAUACCACUAAUGUUGUAUGGUGUUGGGAGACUUGCUGGGAAAACUGCAAGUUAGGUAAGAAAUGUUUAGUCCCUCCUCCAUAUUUUUCGCCUUUUCCAAGUCCAGGAGUCAACUUAAAAGGGAAAUUUGGCUUGAGUGUUUGUGUGCUUUGCAAGGGAAGACCAGCAGGCAUGAUAAAGGUUAAACACUCCCUCUUCCUUCCUGGCCAUUCAUUCUCCCAUCUCACUUUCACAGUAUCUCAGCAAAUGCAGGUUUGGGCAUGAAUUUUUGUUUAGCUAACAACUUGUGCUGCCCUUUAACAAAAUACCAAAAUGUGUGAAAGCAGAGGUGUUCAGCAAGACAAAUGGUGGUGGGGACCACCCCUCCCACCACAGAAACAUGGACCUAAUAUGUGUGGAAUAUAGCACUUAUGGAACACUUAACUCGCCAUGGGAGGUGAUAAGAGGAAUCACAAAGAAAGAUGGGUUUGACUCUGUAGGGUCUCGAUUUAUAUCAUUUAUUAAAAAUAGUACAGUAACCUCCCCUCAGUCGUAGCAGCAACUAUUGAGAAAUUAUCUUAACACUUAAGACUGAAGUAUACCCUGUGGAUGUGAGCUGAAUUUGUAAUGGAAAAGUUUUUCCAAGUUUGUUUUGAUGCUAUGUGGAUGACUGCAUACAAGGUUUAUUAUUAUUAUUAUUAUUAUUUAUUGAAUUUCUUGGUUCCUUUAUCUUGCGACAACCCAAAGCGACUUACAACCAACCAAACAAAAAAACUGCACAUAGAUACAUUAAAAACAAGAAGAAAAAGAAAUAUGUUUAAAACAUCUCACAUCUACCCGGACACUGAGGUCCAGCGCCGAGGGCCUUCUAGUGGUUCCCUCACUGCAAGAAGCCAAGUUACAGGGAACCAGGCAGAGGGCCUUCUUGGUAGUGGCACCCGCCCUGUGGAACGUCCUCCCACCAGAUGUCAAAGAGAACAACGACGACCAGACUUUUAGAAGACAUCUGAAGGCAGCCCUGUUUAGGGAAGCUUUUAAUGUUUGGUGCAUUGCUGUAUUUUAAUAUUAUUAUUAUCACCCUUUUCUAAAAGGCCACACAUAGUUAAACACCAAAGGCCUGGUUUUGCCUGGUGCCUAAAGAUACGUAAUGAAGGAACCAGGUGAGCCUUCCUGGGGCGAGCCACCAAGACCUGUUCUUGUGUUGCCACAUUCUGGACAUUUCAUAGACAGGCACAUGAAGAAGGGCCUCAGAUGAUGGUUGCUGGGUCUGGGUUGGUUCAUAUGAGGAGAGGCUGUCCCUGAAGUAUUGUAAUCCUGAGCCAUUUAAGGCUUUAUAGGUUAAAAAAGAAAACCAGGCUUCUGUCACGAUGUGAGGCCAUAGAUAAAGGGGAAGGACACGUCUUAAGGGUGGGCUCCUCUCAGUCCCAUGAAGAGGGUCCCCUAAGCUGUUGCUUUUCUGUCUCCUCCAGUUCCUCCUGCUGGUUUUCUCCUGCCUUCGGAAAGCAGCUUGGGACUAUGGGCGCCUGGCCUUGCUUAUGGACAAUGACAGGUAAGAAUUCAGCUUUCCUAAAAGGAUGGAGAAUAAUAGGAGGGCAGUUUUCUGUUACCCAAAAUAAUAGCCCCAGGAAAGGUUGACUGGUGCUGCUGGGCUGGCAACAAGGGCAGCGGCCAGCAGCAGCCCCAAGAUGGGAUCCCAGUGGGCAAAGAUGUCCUAGAAUCUCCAUGGCUGAGGGAGUGUAAGAAUGAUUGAAGGGGUCCCUCCAGUGCCUGCUGUACAACAUGCAUGGAACCCGGAUCAAGUCAGCUUUCUUACCAAGGAAACAAAGUUUUCUAGUGCACAUGAGCAUGUGUUCACUGCUCUGACGGCAGAAACCUCAGAAUGCAGCACAGCAGGAGGAAUUCAGCAACACAUUAUUUUGAUAGUUCUGUCAGCGCAAACAUUUCUGCUUGCCAGACAGAAUGGUCUCCCCUUCCCUCUCCCCGCUCACUGUUUGGCGGGAGUGUGGUUCUGCCAACCCUCCAAAGUGGAUUUGGGGGAGGUGUGGGGAGAGGAGAGGGGAGAAAGCCCUGUUGCAGUAGCAGAAACCCUUGUGCUGGCUUCUAGUUGUGCACCAGGUUUGUUGAAUCCAGCCAAUUGAGAUCAUAGAUAGAUAGAUAGAUGAUAGAUAGAUAGAUAUACCGUAUUUUUCGCUCCAUAAGACGCACCUGACCAUAAGACGCACCUAGUUUUUAGAGGGGGGAUGCAAGAAAAAAAAUAUUCUUUAAAGGGAGCGCUGAGCAGAGCCUGUAUGCAUCCCAGGCUCUGCUCAGCACUCCCUUUCACGAGCCAUGAGGAGUGUGUGUGCGGUGCUUGCAGGCUUUUUUCCGGCGGGCUGCCCUUCUCCCUCCUCGGGGAAAAGUCCCCAAGAGCUCGGCUCGGCUCUUGGGGGCUUUUCCGAGAGGUGGGUGAAGGGACAGAGAGGCUAAGCCAGAAGCUAGAACAGCAAGAGGGAACGCUGCACAGCAAUCCCUCUCACUGUUCUGGCUUCUGGGAUAGCCGUGUAGCCUGCAUUAGCUCCAUAAGACGCACAGACAUUUCCCCUUGCUUUUUAGGAGGGAAAAGGUGCGUCUUAUAGAGCGAAAAAUACGGUAGAUAGAUAGAUAUAGUAUUUUUGUUAUCUGUAUUUUCUUGUGUUAAGUGCAGUGCUUUGAUAUUUUAUGUUUGUUGAGCAGAAUAAACAAAAGGAUGUUCUAGCUACCUCCAUUGUGUUUUAGAACUCUUGCCUAUCGCCCUUUGAUAACGUUGCUUGAAGCAGUUUAGAAGAACUGUGUGAAUCCGUAGUAGCAGUUGUUGUUGUUGUUUAUUAUUAUUGGAUCUAAUUAUUGUUAUGAUUUCUCUCCUACCACCCCUCCCCCUUUUUUUAAAAUCAGCCGUUUUCCUCCAAGCACAUGGAACUCCUAUGAGUAAUGAUAUGAUGGUGACAAUGGGACUGAAACAUUGGGAAGAUAGGAAUUCUUGUGAAAGAAAGGAAUCCCCACUUUUUUUAAAGGAGAGUUUGGUCCAGCCCCCACAAGGGGCAGACAACUUUCCCAAAAUUACCUCACUUUCUCACCUGAAUUUCUCACAGUGAAAAGGAACAAUGUUGUGUUUCCCUGCCUGUACUUGGGGCUCCCUAUCCUUGAGGGAACCGUUUAAAAAAUCCAUUGGAGGCAGUGGGGAUCUUAUUUUUCUUGUACAAAUGACCUGAACCUAUGCAGGUGAAAGAGAAUUCAAAAAAAUGUGUUAACAAGUUUCAAAUCAGAUGAGUUUGCCCUUCCUUCAUUGAGCUGGAUUAGGACUUAUUCCUACUCAGAGUAAACCCAUUGACUUCAAUGGGAUUUAAAUUUUAUGUUUCAGUGAACUUUAAGUAGGACUAAGCCUCACUCCAACCUAGUGGGUUUUUUUAAAAAAAAUAGAAAAUUGAAAUGGACCCACCUAAUCUUCACCUUACAGUAGCUUUCCUUUCCUUCACAAGACAUUCCCUAUAGGGAUUAUACUCAAAUGGCAUGGAAUAGCUUCUGGUCACGCUCUUCUAGAAAGUUCUCCUGAUCCUUACGCUCUGGGAUGUUGGCUAUCUGGUGAUGGUGGGAUUGUUUGGUUAUGGUUUUGUUCCCAAUCAGGAGGUGAAAAAAAUUACUUCUGGUUCGUUUACAUGUGUGGGGCACGGGAAACGGUCAAAGUCAACAUCUGACACUUUCAAUUUUGUUUUUUACAAUAUCACACUAAUGUUGCGGUUCCUGAUUUUAGUUGAUUUCAAGUGCUAUCCUUCAUUCUAAAAUGACACACUUCCAUUGUACGCAGUGGGCAUCCCUUAUUUCAGACACCACAGCUCUGAAAUAACCAUUCUUGAAAUUCUGAUCCAGGAUUCCUCUUCCAAUAUCACUUGAGAUUAUUUCUGCUGCAUCUUCAUCUAAAGGGUCUGUCACUUUCCACUGGUAGUUUGAUUUGGCUCUGGGUGUCAUUUAUCCCUUCCCUUCCUUAUAGUGCUCCUUUCCUAGAUAGUAAUAGCAAAGAAGCUGAGGUAAGUUUUUGUUCAAAUCAGAUUUCCCCCCUAUCGUUCAUGAAGUUUGGAUCUCCAACCGCAGUCCUGGGAAAGAGUGGCUGUUGAUACGGAUCCCGGCCUACUUGCAAAGUGCACAUUGGAAGUGGGUGGGAGUCAAAAUUCACAGUCUUAAAGAACCCCCACCAUUCUGGUUUGCCAGGAAAAUCACUGAGCAGAGCUCCGUGCCAUGCUGGUUAUAUGUGUUAAUUUAGAGUGCAGCAGCAGGAGGAAGAAGCAAAGUCCUGCUAUAUCCUCCACAAACUUCUGCCCUUGCCCAAUUUCCUUUUCACAGGGAAUUUUCUUUCCUCAUCCCAUGGAAACAUUGGCUCUGUGCUGGAUCAGUGAGGUCUUAUCUGUGAUGAUGUAACAGAUUCAAUGAUGUCACUUUCCUGGAGCAGAGGCAGCAACUGUGCAGCCAUCUAUAACUGUGCACCACUAUAACCCCAAAUAGUGAAAAAGAAAUGGAGGAAAAUGCUUGGUCUCCCUGUGGUAGCAGAAUCCAGGCUGAAUUCAGGUGAUGGAGAAUUGAAGGGCAUAGAACAUCUGCUUUGCACCAAGAGGGUCUCUGAUAGCCCUGAGCUUCUAGCUGCUCAAAAAGGGCCUGGUACACUGGCGUGAUAAAUAUUGUCAAAUAUUUAUCAAAUAUUGUCAGAAGGAUCGAGUUGGUGGUCUGACAGCUUAAGAAGUCCAUGGCUUUUGCAGAAUCCCAAACUCAUACAAACACAUUUUUUCUGUUCCACCUACAGAGACCUCUCCCUUGCCCCACACACUUUGAACUUAGGGGGCUCUUUUGGUAGGAGCAAGCAGGGUUGGGGCAAUAGAACACGUUCUAAUAGUUUAAUUGACUGAUUCCAUGCAAUCAAGAGUAUGUGGCAUAUGUGGAUAUGUACAGCCAUAGUGCAUUUCAUUUAAGAUGUUUCUGCUUUUGGCUGCCAGGGAGCCUCCUGCCCCUUCAAGUCAGUACACAACAAUACUUGUGAAACUGAAACUGCUUCAUUCAUUGGAGAAGAGGAGACACUUGAUCCCUAGUGGCUUUCUUGAGCUUUAACAUAAUCAUGGAGUGCUGUUGGUGCAGCUUAAAAAUGCCCACUUUGUCUUUCUCUCUCACCCUUCCUCUUGCGGUCCUCUCUGCUUUCCUGGGUUGUGGGGUGAAGACACUUAACAGUUGGUCUGAUCAGAAUAAUGUUUUUCUUUCUCCUCUUUCCUUUUUCUUCUUCCCCAACUCUCAUUCAUACUGACCUCCUCUCUUCUCUUCUUCUUUGCUCCCCCUGUGCUUCUCCCAACCACAUGCUCUUUCUUUCUGUCUCUCUUGCUGGAUACAUGAAGCCUCACAUCGCUCUUCUAUGGAGAGCAAAGUGAAAAGGAGAAAUCCCCAUCAGAGACCAGCCCACUGGACGCUGACAACAAAGAUGUGGUAAGCUUAAGUGGGGAAAUUAGGAUGGAGCCUCAUUCUGCUGAAAGGAGCUUCUGUCACUGUAUGUAAAUUGGGUCAACCAGACAUUCAAGAAAGGGUGAGGGGAGUAGAGAUGACUAAUGUUUUCAGAGUGAAUAGUGCUUUUCUGGAAACCCGCCAAUUACGCUAUGAUAUUAUUCAUCAUAAGGCAGACAAAUGGGAGGUGAUGCUUGGUAGCCUAAUGAUCUUCAUGAAUUGCUUUCACUAUUUCUAAUCCUGCCAUUUUCUGAAAAACUGUUCAUCGGAUUACAUUGUUCUUAUCUGGAACGUAACAGUGAAACAUUGGCUCCCAGUACAUUUCUGAGCACAAUUCAAAGUGUUGGUGCUGACUUUUAAAGCCCUAAACGGCCUCGGUCCUGUAUACCUGAAGGAGCGUCUCCACCCCCAUCGUUCUGCGUGGACACUGAGGUCCAGCUCCAAGGGCCUUCUGGCGAUUCCCUCACUGCGAGAAGUGAGGUUACAGGGAACCAGGCAGAAGGCCUUCUCGGUAGUGGCCCCGCCCUGUGGAAUGCCCUGCCACUAGAUGUCAAUGAAAUAAACCACCUGACUUUUAGAAGACAUCUGAAGGCAGCCCUGUUUAGGGAAGCUUUAAUUUUUGAUGUUUUAUCGUGUUUUUAAUAUUCUGUUGAGAACCGCCCAGAGUGACUGGGGAAACCCAGCCAGAUGGGUGGGAUAUAAAUAACAAAUAAUACUAAUUAUUUAUUUAUUAAGAGCCAAGCUGCGUCAGACAAAUGGUCCAUCUCUCCAAGUCUACUGCCUUUGACAGUGACUAGUACUCUACUGGGUUUUUCUGUGAAAAUGCACAGGGAAAGCAAAGGGCACUUACUUGUGUGUUCUUUCUCUUAAUGUUUAUCUAGGAUCAUGCUCAGUUACAUUGAUCUGCACCAUAUAAUUCCAACACAGUUGCAAAUGCGGACAUAUCCCUAAUUUUUGGAGAGUGGUAGGAACAUCAAUAGAUCAGCGGUUCUUGCCUAACUGAUAUCUUUCUGUUUCUCCAACUUCCAUUCUAGGGAUUCUGUUCCUGGCUCCUGUCAGUCUACCAGAUGAAGUGAGUACAUGCUACUUUUGGGUGAUGACUAUUACAUGUCUUAUUCCAACUUUUUAUGUAAUUAAAUCCUAACACCGUUGCCGUUUUCCGUCAGCCAUUUUACUCCGCUAGAUGUGUGGACACGAAUCCCUAUCAAACAUGGUUGUAAAGCCACUGCUUAGUCGUCCAUUUUGCAUUGGACCUGAGAAUGUGAUGAUCUCUGUUGUUUAAUGUUUUCUUUCUCUCAAGAAAGGAAAGGAAGGGAAACAGAUGGGAUUUUGUGGCUCUGUGCUGACAUGCCUUCAUAUCUCUCUCUCUCUCUCUCUCUCUCUCUCUCUCAAGGGAUGAGGAAAUCCAAAGCAAGUGUGGAAUCGAUGCCACCACCUACCUCUCCUUCCAGCGGCAUGUCUUGGUGCUGCUUCUGAUCAUCUGCGUACUCUCAGUGGCUGUGGUCCUCCCUGUCAACUUCUCUGGGGAUCUCUUGGGUACGUAGACUGCGCCAGGGCAGGGCACAGAAACCCCUCCAGUUGCUCUCCCACAAGGUAAUUAGUGGUGUAUGGCGACAGAGCUGCAUUCGGACCCCAGGCCUGAGGGACCCUUGUCACCAUCCUUGUACUGAGCCCCCAAAUGCUGCUGUUUGCAUAAUGUUGGAGGCAUGGUUGUGGAAACGAGGGGAUUUUUUUAAAGGCAUCUCUUGUGACCGUGCCCUCUGGUGUCUGUGACAACUCAUAUCUCUCUUUCUCUCUCUCUCUCAUCUCCCAGGGAAGCAUCCAGCUAAUUUUGGCCGAACCACAAUUGCGAAUGUCCCCAAAGAGUACGUGAUUUCUUUUCCUCAGAGUUCUGUUGUUUUUGCUGCUUGUAGUGAUGACCGUUGGGAACAAAUGAGGACCAUUUACAUACCAAGAGUCCUUCAUCAGCAUGUCCUGGAUCCAUUUUUCUUAACAUUAUAAUCCCUGUGUGUGUAUGCAUGUGGUAAGGUGGCUGCUGUGGUCUAAACCACUGAGCCUUUUGGGCUUGCCGAUUGUAAGGUCGGCAGUUUGAAUCCACGCGACGGGGUGAGCUCCCAUUGCUCUGUCCCAGCAUCUGCCAACCUAGCAGUUCAAAAGCAUAUCAGUGCAAGUAGAUAAAUAGGUACUGCUGUGGCAGGAAGGUACUGUAUUUUUCGCUCUAUAACACGCACUUGACCAUAAUACGCACAUCGUUUUUAGAGGAGGAAAACAAGGGGGGGAAAUUCUGAAUGAAACAGUGGAUGUAUCAUUUUUGUGCCUCAUGCUGUGGCCACAGACACGUGAUCUGAUGGUGAGUUUGGGGUAGCCCAAUGCAAAAAUCCUGAGGAUCCCUGUGGAUCUGUGCUUUGUAACCACGUUGUUGCACCAUUGUGGCCCCAGGCAACAGUGGGUGCGUGAUUUUUUUGGUGCAGGCUGUAGCCAUGGACAUGCUCUGUGAUCUGAUGGUGAAUUUGGGGUGACCCAAUGCAAAGAUCCUGAGGAUCCAUGUGGAUCCGUGCUUUGUAACCACGUUUUAAGUGGGGAGGGAAGGAAAAACACAGAAGGGACAAGGAGCAUGAGAGGGGUGUGCAGAGAAGCAGCUGGUUAAGAAUGCAGGAGAGGGGUUUAACGGGAGGGAGGAAAGGAAGGCAAAAGUUUUCACCCACCCAAGCCAGCCCCCUCUCUCUCUCUCUCUCUCCCCCCCUCCCCCACCUGCAUGUUUUCUGGCUGCCUGCGAGUCCCUAAAAUGCUUCCCUGGACGCAGCAGCACCGGAGCACGGAGAGGAAUUAGAAGGAAGGACGUGAUCCUUUCCUUUCCCCUCUGCUUGCCUGGAGGGGAGGGGAUUUGCCUGCUCUUUGUUCCGUUUGAGCAAACAGCAACCGAAACAGAAGAGGGUGGGCAAUAAGACCCUGAGGCAGAAUGCAGGAAAGCAACAGCUUCCUCUCUCACGGAGCUCCCUCCUCCCUGACGCGCGCGAUUGGAUUUUUGCCCCUGCACUCGGGCCAGUCAGCUCCAGGGACCACACAUUUGCUCAAUAACACGCCCAGACAUUUCCCCUUACUUUUUAGGAGAAAAAAUCUCCGUGUUAUAGAGAGAAAAGUACGGUAUGCGGUUGUGAUUAUCCCCGCUUAAAAAAUGAAGCAACUCUGAAUGUGCACACAUAAUUGGAUCACCUCCAUACUUUUUAGUAUUAACCCACCCACCCCAAUUUGUGGGCGUUUUGUUUUUAAGCCUAAGCUUUUAGCACAUACCUGUUUCAUUUAGUAUUGCAGUGCUCCUAGUAUGUGGAUUAGUGGUAUGUGGAGGGGAGCGGGUGGCGCUGUGGUCUAAACCACCAAGCCUCUUGGGCUUGUCGAUCGGAAGGUCGGUGGUUCGAAUCCGCGUGACAGUGGUGAGCUCCCGUUGCUCUGCCCCUGCUUCUGCCAACCUAGCAGUUCAAAAGCACACCAGUGCAAGUAGAUACAUAGGUACUGCUGUGGCAGGAAGGCAAGUGGCGUUUCUGUGCACUCUGGCAGUCAUCACAGUGUCCCGUUGUGCCAGAAGUGGUUUAGUCAUGCUGGCCACAUGACCUGGAAAGCUGUCUGUGGACAAACGCCGGCUCCCUCAGCCUGAAAGCGGAAUUGAGCGCCACACCCCAUAAUUGAAUUUGACUGGACUUAACCGUCCAGGAGUCAUUUACCUUUACCUUAUGCAUGUGUACCCAUGUAUGUACCUGGUCUGUGCAGUUGGUAUGAGCAAUAAGUUUUUGGUGGAAGCCACAAACAGGAAAUGUUUUUAUCCUCUACAGCAAAGCAAAUAUGGGGGGCAGGGGGAGAAGGGAAUAAUAUCAAAUCCGCCAGGGUUCGUCACUGGCUGCAAGAAUUCUUUUGAACAUUGCUACAACCUCAUGGCAACAAAUUCAGGGUCACUGUUUUUACGCACUGUGCAAUUUUCUACCUUCUCGUCUACUGUUGGUCCUUGACCUGUUCCCCAUAUUUCCAUCUCCAACAUGCAUGACUCUGUGAUGAUCUCAAUGCGUAGGGUAACAAAGAUCCAGGAACUAAGUGUGAUGGGAAGAUGAGCUGCUUGUGCGUAAAAUCGUAUUCCCUCAGAGUUUGUUCAAGUCCACAAACCUCUGUCUGUGACUGAGCCCCUCUGACAUGGCUCCUCUAGUCACUAGAAGAUUCCGACAGUGGUUGCUUUCGUAAUCGCUUCCAACAUAAAAGCUCCUUAACGGAAACACGUCUUCUGGACUCUCUGCGUGACAGUUUCCGGCGAGGAGUGGGUGUCCCUACAGGAGGUCCGGAAACCUCACCACUGUUUUCGCUGGAAGUAUCUCUGAGCCAUCCCCCCAGCUCCCUUUCCCUCAGUUCAGCUUCUCUCCCCCUGCUGGUUUCCUCUUCAGCUGCUGAGUCUCUUCCAACCUGUCUGAGCCCUUUCACCUCCCUCAGUUCAGCUUCUCUCCCUUGCUGGUUCCCUCUUCAGCUGCUGAGUCUCUUCCAACCUGUCUGAGUCCUUUCACCUCCCUUCCUUCCGAUGGCAGUUCCCUGACAUCCACCUCCCCUCCAGGGCCCCCUUCACCCCCUCUCGCCCCUCCUCCACGGGCGGUGAGGAGGCAAAACCCGGAAUGAACUUCCUUCAUCUUCCGAUGUCUCGAACACUUCUCUCCACCUGUUGCGGUUCCUGGUCUCGAAGCACUCCUCCUCCUCCGAGUCCAUCUCCCCUUCCCCUUCCGAUUCUGGGAAUCCUUCCAACUCCUCCUCCUCCUCAGUGGUCCCAAAGUAUUCCCUCCGGAACCUCUCCACAGGCUGAGGUUUCCUCGGGAACCUUUGAUGGAACGUUUCUAUCAAUACCUCGUCAUUGAUAUCUUCGGCCAUUACCCACGUGUUUUCUGACUCCGGUUCUCCUUCCCACGCUACCAAAUACUCCACCUGAUUCCCCUUCCACCUGGCAUCAAGGAUUUCUGCCACAUGACUGCUGCAUUCUCUUUCUUCUAUGACCGGUCCCCGAGUGGCCAUCCCUUCUCGUCCCCCCUCGUACGGUGACAGUAACGACCUGUGAAAUACUGGGUGCAGUUUCAUGUGGUUGGGUAACCGGAGCCUGAAAGCCACUGGGUUGACCUGUUGAAUGACCUCAAAGGGACCCAACCUCCUGGGUCUUAAUUUCUUACAACCUCCUUUGAACGGCACCCCUCGGGUUGACAGCCACACCCUAUCUCCAACCCUUAUGGUUUCACCUUCCCUUCGGUUCUUGUCUGCCUGCCUCUUGUAUUCUUCCUUCGCCCUUUCUAAGUUGAGUUGGAGCUGACGGUGGAUUGCUUCCAUUUCUUCUACAAAAUGCUCGGCUGCCGGUACGCUCCAUCUCUCCCCUUCUCCCCUGGGAAAGCCCUGGGAUGACACCCAUAAUUAGCCAAGAAGGGGCUCAUCCCUGUGGACACAUUCUCGGCAUUGUUGUAGGCAAAUUCCGCCAGCGCCAACUUUUCUACCCAGUCAUUCUCUCUGUCAUUGACAUAACACCUCAGGUAUUGCUGGAGGACACCGUUUGCUCUUUCCGCCUGCCCGUUGGUUUCAGGGUGCCGGGCAGUCGAAAAGUUGACCUCCACCUGCAGUAAGCUCAUGAGCUUCCUCCAGAACCUGGAAGUAAAUUGUUUUCCUCGGUCUGAGACCACCCUCAAUGGCACCCCGUGCAACCUAAAAAUGUGUUCUACAAAUAACUUCGCUGUCUCUUCCGCCGUGACUGCAUGCGAGCAAGCUACAAAGUGGCACAUCUUUGUUAGUAGGUCUACCACCACCAUGAUGGCUGUUUUCCCUUUGGACUUCGGCAGAUCAGUCAUAAAAUCUAUCGACACUGCCUCCCAAGGUCGUUCUGGUGUUGGUAAGGGUUCUAAUAGCCCCGCCGGCGCCCGCCUUUCCCCUUUGGCUCGCUGGCACUGCUCGCACCCUCUUACAUACUCACGUACAUCCUCCCUCACCUUAGGCCACCAAAAUUCCCUGGUGACCAACCACAUGGUUUUGUGUUGCCCAAAAUGCCCUGCCGUGGGGCUGUCAUGCAACUGCUUGAGUACCCUCCCCUUAAGUCUCCUUCAGGGAUAUACAGUGCCCCUUUGUAAUACAAAGCUCCAUUUCUUUCCUCGAAACCCCUUGAUUCCUCUCCCUCAUCCCUAAGACCUCUGAGCUUAUUCUGGGCGUAUUCAUCAUUCUCUGUUUCUUCUACCAGUUCUCUUUGUCCCACCAAUGCCGCCCCACACACCCAGCGGUCCUCUGGAAUGACAUGUCUCUCUUCGGGUGCUCCCUCCCCCUCCAACUAUUCAGGUUUGCGUGAGAGAGCGUCCGCCCUAAUGUUCUCUGGGCCUGGCACGUAACAAAUCUCAAAGUUAAAUUUGGAGAAUUCCUGGGCCCACCUCACUUGCCGUUGGUUGAGCACUCGUGCCGUCCUCCAAUACUCUAGGUUCUUGUGGUCAGUGCACACUUGCACCUUAUGUUGUGCGCCAAUUAGCAGGUGCCUCCAUCUCCGGAACUCCUCAUGAAUGGCUAGUAGUUCUCGGUCAUACACCGUGUAGUUCCUCUCGGAUUUGUUCAGCUUUCGCGAAAAAAAGCACACGGUCUCCACUCUGACUCCUCCUUCCCUGGCUGGAGAAGCACCGCCCCAACCGCUCUGUCUGAUGCGUCAGUUUCCACUCUCAUCGGUUUUUGUAAAUCCACAUGCAGGAGCUGUUGUUCCGAGGCGAAGGCCCUUUGAGUUCCUCAAAUGCUUGCUCCGCCUCCUCCGUCCAAACGAACUUCUUCUUACUGCUGAGACAGUCCGUAAUGGGCGCCGUCAGGUGGGCAAAGUUUGGGAUGAACUUACGAUAGAAGUUCCCAAAUCCUAAAAACCUCUGCACAUCCUUCCUUGUUUUGGGUGUUUUUUUUGUCCACAAAAAACACUGGGCUGCCCCCCACCGCCCUGGACUCUCUGAUGAACCCUCUCUUCAGGUUCUUGUCAAUGAACUCUCUUAGCUCCUGCAUCUCUCUGUCUGACAUGGCGUACAGCUUGCCCACAGGGAGCUGUGCCCCAGGGAGCAAAUUGAUUUGACAGUCAAAGGCUCUAUGCGGUGGUAGUUGGUCAGCUUCCCUUUCGCUGAAGACGUCGCGGAGAUCUGCGUAUUGUCGUGGUAUCUUCACGUUCUCCGUUACUUCAGUCCCUGCUAGGGUGGCUUGGGCCCCUGCCAAUACCUUUCCCUCUUUGCAGUGUUCUAAGCAAUAUGCUGACCCAAAAGAAACCACUCUUUGAUGCCAGCCCACCAGCGGAUCAUGUAACGCUAGCCAGCUCAUCCCCAAUAUAAUGGGAGCUCCUCCCAAGGUGGCCACAUUAAAAGCUAUUAGUUCGGUGUGCCUUGCCACCUUCAUUAUCAUUGGGACGGUCUGCAAGCUGACUUCUCCUCCCAACAGCUCCCUGCCAUCGAUCGUGGUUACCUGCAGGGGUUGCUUAAAGGGAGCGUCUGUAUCUGGUGUUCAGCUGCAAACUCUUUGCUCAUGAAAUUGCAGGAGCUGCCUGAGUCCAACAGCGCCUUUAUCUUUAGAGGGUGUCCGUUUGGCAGCUCUAGUGUCACUUCUAUCACUAGGGCGGGUUUAGGAGGUUCUGGCGUGGGCACUUUCACUGCUCUUUGGCCUGGCUGCUGUGCCCCGACAAUGGCAGCCAGGCGUUGGCUUUUAGUUGCUCCGGUAUUUUUCCUCUCUUCCCUCCACAGCUCCCACCAUCCCUUGCCAGUCCUUCCUCUGGGGGCAGACUCUGGCAAAGUGCCCUGGCUGUUGGCAGAGAUAGCAUUUCCGGGCGCCUUUUCCAUCCUUCUUGCCCCCCUCACUGGGCUUUGAAACUGCGCGCGCGCGCGCUGUUCCGAUUUCCAUCGGCUCUGCCGGCGGGAAGUUGGCUCUGGAAUGUCUGGAAUGCGGAACUCCUUCCAACGUUCCCCUUUCCCUUCCCGCCUCUCCAAUGCUCUCGCCUCCUGGCGCGCUCCUAUGGCCAGCGCUGAUUUGGUCAGCUGGUCCAUAGACUCCGCCCUGGGCGCCCGGGAAAGUUCAUCUUUCACAGCCGAAGAAAGCCCUUCUUCAAAGAGCAUUUGAAUGGGUUCCGCCGAUAAGUCCCACCCCAAUCUGUGUAUCAGCAUGGUGAACUCAGUCCAGUACUCACGUACAGAUCGGCUCCCCUGUUUGCAAGCCAUUAACUGUCUGCGCACCACUCCCUUUUCAAUAUCGCUGGAAAACAUCAGAUCCAUGGCGCGAAAGAACUUCAUCGUGUCCUUUAGGACGUCACUAUGCGCUGCCAUCAGGGGUCUAACCCAGUCUCUCGCCCCUUUUCAAGAUGCCCAAUCACAAAAGCCACUCGUGAUUCCUCAUCAGGGAAUCAUCAAACUGCAGAUUGAGGGCAUAUUGCAUUUCUGUCCGAAAGCUAUGAUAGUCUUUGGGCUCCCCCCCAAAUUUCUGCACCAAUCCUGGUACCUUUCUGGCGAGCUGGGUGGCUUUCUCCCUUUUGUCUGCAUCUUGAGCCCUCCUCUCCUCAAGCCUCGCCGUCUGCAGCGCCAGCUGGACCUCCAACACCCGGUACCUUUCUUCCAGGCUUGGACCCGCUCCAGCCCCUGCUUCUCCGGUUCCUGCUGGGUUGCUCAUUAUGCCUUCUCCUGCACAAGCUGCGUUCAAAGACUGUCGGAAUGCUGUGAUGGGAAGAUGAGCUGCUUGUGCGUAAAAUCGUAUUCCCUCAGAGUUUGUUCAAGUCCACAAACCUCUGUCUGUGACUGAGCCCCUCUGACAUGGCUCCUCUAGUCACUAGAAGAUUCCGACAGUGGUUGCUUUCGUAAUCGCUUCCAACAUAAAGCUCCUUAACGGAAACACGUCUUCUGGACUCUCUGCGUGACAGUUUCCGGCGAGGGGUGGGUGUCCCUACAGGAGGUCCGGAAACAUCACCACUGUUUUCGCUGGAAGUAUCUCUGAGCCAUCCCCCCCAGCUCCCUUUCCCUCAGUUCAGCGUCUCUCCCCCCUGCUGGUUUCCUCUUCAGCUGCUGAGUCUCUUCCAACCUGUCUGAGCCCUUUCACCUCCCUCAGUUCAGCUUCUCUCCCCUUGCUGGUUCCCUCUUCAGCUGCUGAGUCUCUUCCAACCUGUCUGAGUCCUUUCACCUCCCUUCCUUCCGAUGGCAGUUCCCUGACACUAAGGUUCUACUUGGUUCUUUCUUUUACAACUAUUGGGAAGCUUUUUGUGUGUGUAAAAACGCAGGGGUAAUUUGGGGUACUUCUGGGCUAGCCCUCUCUCCAUGAAACUGUGAUAUUGUUAUGUGAAGGUGGAAGUUGUUGCCUACAUCCCCUAAUGAGGAAUUCUAGGUGUUCCUCAGGAAACGGUUGUGGCUUCCUUAUAUUCUGGCCAAGAUCCCUUGUAUUUCCUGUUUGAAAAAAAUGUAUUUCCUUUUGUCUCCUGUAGUGACCGUCUCCUGUGGCUGCACAGCAUCUUUGCCCUCCUCUAUUUCAUCAUCACUGUGCUCUGCAUGGCUCAUCACUCCAUCCAACUUGAAUACAAAGAGAAUGAGAAGGUAAGAAAUUCAGUAGCCCCAUUCACGCCUUCCCCUUCUGCCCUUUCAGAGAAACUCUGGGCAAUGUGUUUUCAUUGUCCUUUACUAAGGGAGAUCCUUGGGUCCAAAGCUGGUUUCAAGAAGUUCACACUGGUAUGGUUAGAAUGCUCUGGAAGGAGGUGGGUUGAAAUCCCAAGCCAGCUGUAAACUAAUUUACUAGGUGGCCUUUCGCAAAUUGCUCAGAAAACCAAUGAGGCAAGCGUCUUAUGUAGGAAAGACUCCUGUAUAAACAAUAUUUUUAAAAUCUUUAUUAAUGUUAUGAACUAGCUGCAGGUGGGAAAGUUAAUUUAAUUCAAAAGUUUUUUAAAGAGAGAAUGGAUCCCAGUAUGUUUCAGUCAGGUAACCAUCCACUGUUGGGGAAUUUUGGAGUCUGGUGUCUGUGUCCUUAAUGAGAGCUGUAGACCAAAAAUGAGAACUCCGUCUUGGGUUCCUUUUAUUUUAAUUUUCAUGCCAUCCCAUAACAAAAUUAUUUGGGUGGCCUACAAUAAGUAUUAAAAAAAAAACACAAAAGAAAGAAACCCAUAAAAUAAAGCAGCAUAAAUAUGUGUUUAACAGCUUACCACUUUGCAUAGUGUCUUAAUGCCUUGGCAAAAUUUCAGAAUUAAGCUUUAUCUGUACAGAAUUCUGGAUACCCUGCUGAUUUGCAGGAGGGGGGUAGUCUGGUCCUGUUGCUCUCGGGUGUCUCCUUUUUUCAGGGACUUUCUCCCUUUCUUCUCCCUAAGGUGGCCCGGACCCUGAUGGUUACCAGGAUUCCCAAAGAUAUUAUGGAUCCCUCCCUAGUCAUCAAACAUUUCCAGUAAGUGCAACUAUAAGUUGAUACCCAUGCCUCUAAGCACAUCCCUCCCUCUUCCCCUUUCUUCUCUAGCUAGUAAUAGUCACUCACUGAAGGUGGAUGGGAGACUGCCUGGGUACCACUUGUACAACACCUUGGGUCCCAAGAUGGGUGAAAUAUGGGAUAUAAAUAUACAAAAAUAAAAUAAAUACAUUCAUAAGGUAAUGUCCCAUUUUUAACCAAUCACUGCUACAACAGCUUUCUAAAGACGUAUUCUGUAUUUCAUGGGACCAGCCCAGUCUCUGUUCCCUUGUGAGGCCAGGGAUGGGAUGGGCAGGACUGAUCAAGCUCCAUCACGUCCUUUUCACAGGUGAGCAUGUUCCUUAAAGAUCUUGAUUUUAUCUUCUCAACAGUGAGGCUUACCCAAGCUGCACAGUGACUGGUGUCCAGUUCUGUUCUGAUGUUCACACACUGAUGAAGUUGGAUUCAGAGAGGUGGGUGUGUUGUUUUUCUGCUAAGGCCUGGAUUUUUCUAAACUCCUUGGAUUCUAUUAAGCAGAUAUCCUGAUAUCAAUUUUACAGUGCAGUAGCAAGCACCUUUCAGCAAGAUUGUUCUCACCCCACCUUGAGAAUUGCUUCAGGCACUUUGCAAGACACAAGGGAGAAGCUUGUGUCUGAUCCUUUUAACAUGACAAAGACUUGCAUCUUGGCAAUUAUUUGCUGCAUUUUAUUUAUUAUUUUACUUAGAGCACUUAGGCUCCCAGGGUGGCGUACCUUUGAUAAAAACAAGAUGGUCUCUGCCAUCAGGUUUACAAUCGAAAAGGCACAGCACGCGAGGGAAAAGGAACAGGGAAGAAAGGGGGGGAGCAAACUCACAUGUCAGUUCUUAAUGUUGAAUAGUACUUACAAUGACCAGCUGGAAUGGAAACAGUUAAAGGGCAGACCCAUUUCUGGUCUGUGUCACUUAAACAUACUGUUUUUAGCCAUAAUUCCAUUCAGGCCUCACAUUUAAUCUGCAAUUUAAAAAAAAUUCAUCUCAAGAUAUGUCUCUAAAUACACUGCCUCAAAUCACAACUUUUUACUCCGUGAAUGAAAGGAGAUUUGAGAUCAUGAUGGGGUUUCUUCUGUGAGUGCAGCUCUUCUUCCAUGAAUGGAGGCUCCCAUUCACAGAGCCAAAGGAUCCAGGCCACACACUGUGAUACCUUGAAACCUAUUUAAAUAAAUAUAUAAAUGCCAAGUGCUGCACCGCAACGUUAUUUCCAUCACAGCUAAGGUUCUGAGGAUGUAAUUCUGUAGGGGUGGGAAACCUUAGACCCAGAGGUUAAAUGCAGCCUUCCAGUCCUCUUUAUCUGACCCUGAGAACUGCCCCCAGUCCACACUCCUCACUGGCCUGGCUAGAAAGUGUCCCUGAACUAUUUCAUGCCUCUUUUGCUUGUCUGGAUGGAGCAUGUAUGGGUGUGGAGACACUAGAAUGCUGUACGAAGGCAACGUUUACACCUAUUUUUCUGCCCACUUUUGUCUCCACUCACCACUGUCAUGUGGCCCUCAGAAGGUUGCCUGGAAGGGAAUGUGGCCCUUGCGAUGAAAAACGUCCCCCACCCCUGCUGUACGGAAUCCGAAAGCCUCAAACUUAAGCAAAGCAACCGCAGUUGUGCAUGCAUGGAAAUACACUUACCAUAUUUUUCCAUGUAUAAGACGAUAUUUUAUCCUUCGAAAUGAUGGGCAAAAAUUGUGAGUUGUCUUAUGGAUAACUGUGGGUGGGUGGGCAAUUGGUGGCAGCAGCCAGCAGGAGAUUGUCAGAGGCAAUUGGCCGUGUGAUUGGCCUGCUCAACAACUUUGGGCAAUUUCCCCCCAAAAAAUAGGGGUUGUCUUAUACAUGGGGGCAUGUUAUACACGGAAAGAUACGGCAAUUCUGAACACAAUGAUUCAAUGGGCAGCCUCGUUAACUUUCCGCUCUGCUUCGUUUUGGCUGGCAGGCGCAAGGCAAUGAAGGGGAGGCUUUACUUCACCACCAAGGCUCAGAAGGAGGGGAAAAUCAUGAUCAAGAUCCACCCCUGCUCACGGAUAUUCUGUUGCCGUAGUUGCGGCUUUGAAGAGGUACAGAGGGAAAUUCAGGGCCGGCACAUGAAACUGACCGUGGGCAUUUAUGAUUGUCCAUUACCCUGUUGCUUUGUUAGUCUGCUGGCUACCAAGCUAAGCUAGAGACAAUUUCCAUGUGAAGUUUGAUUGAGUGAUUGCUUUUAUACAGUGCUUUUAAAAAAAUGUUUAGGGGUGCUCUCAUUUUGACUCAAGAAAAUCUCCAUUUUAUAGUUCAGAUUGGGAAAAAUAAAUACAGUAAAUGGACAAAAGUACAAAGAACAUGCAUUACCUCAUAUUACUCAGCUGACAGUAAAACACCACACAGCCACAUUCCACAUUGCUUCACAUUUUAAACACUCACUUCCAUCUGAGACUCAGGAAAUGAGGCUGCCAUCGGAGGUGGUAACAACGAAACUGACCAGUCACCGUGCUAUUCAACGGAACUGAUUAUUCACCGUGCUAGAGAAGAAACUAAAAAUUGUUAAAAAAUAGUUUCUUCCAUUAGAUGCACAAAAUAUUUAGGGGUAUGCGUACCCCUGCAUCCCCCUGGAAAAAAAGCACUGCUUUUAUAUAACCACCUUUUCGCCAAGGCGCCCAAACAUGGUUUGUAGUUUUAAAAUAUGAAAACAAAUGCAUGUUAUAAAAUGCAGAGUGACUGACAGAGUCAUCUCAGGCCCCACAGGUGUCUCCAAGAGCUGAUGGCAGCAAGCUCCCUGGCUUGUGUUCCCUCGUUCCUGCCUUCCCUCAGGCUGCACAGGCCUUUCUUGAGCAGCCCCAGGGAAGGUGGUGGGGGAAAGGCCUGCUCCAACAGUUCUCUCAGACCUCUUGAUGGUUCUGUCAGGAGCUGAUGGUUAGUGCUCCCUGGCCCAAGUCUCCUAGCUUCUGCCUUCCCUCGGGGCACACAGGUCUUUCUUAAGCAGCCUCAGGGAAAUGUCACCCAGUGACAGGGGAGAAAAACUUGGAAAUGGGAGUGUGUGUGUUUUUCUUGAGCACUUGCCUGUCCCCUGGACCCAGUUCAUGACAGAGCUGAAAUUGGUCUGCUACACAACUGGCCUUCACCUGGUGAAUUGGGACCCACAAUUUUGUUAAGCCCAAGUCAGAGAUGGGCCACACCAGUGGCACUCUUUCCCCCAUUCUGCAUGCCCAUUUUGUAAAUGUGUGAGGAGGCUUGUUUGUGUCUCUCUUCCUCUGUUUUCAGAACAUAUGAGAUAGAGAAAAGAUUGUAUGAAGACAGACACACGAGGGAAUUUUUUUUUUAAGGCCCAAUGUUUCAGAUUAGGACUAAAGGGGAUUGUUUGAGCACCAAGAGAAAGCGCAGUGAAGACAAUAAUUUAUAGAGAAAUGGAUACAUGAGGUUAAAAAUGGGCCCAGCAUUUCAAAUUGGGACAGAAGCGGGGAUCAUUAGAAUAUCCAUAGACAGUGUGUCUGAGGGAGAGAGAUAUAGAGAAAGGCACAUGAGGUAGUGAAAAUUAAAAAUGGGCCCAAUAUUUCAGGCUGGGACUAAAGGCAGGGCUGAAACUGUUACAAACUGUUUCACGGUUCUACGUCAUCUCGGAAGACGUGCUUCAGCUUGCACCAUCUAGAGGCCUUGCUGGAAUACUGUCUGGCAGCUGGCAGCUGUUAUUCCAACUGAGACCAUAGUCUCCUUGACAUAGUUAUUGCUGUUCUUUUUCAAGUAGUGUCUGCCUGAAAGGGCUGGAAUGACGCAGUUAAUCUCUCUCACUUGCAUGCACACACCUUCCUGUGACAGCUGAUUCACUCCAGUUGCAACUCCUGGGCUAGAAUUUGGCAGCUGAUGAAUGUUUGCUUGGUACCAAUUUUAUUGCGGAGUCUGGCCUUGGACUUUUACUCCACCUCAUUACAGCAAGUAUAAUCAGUUUACAUUGGUGAUGGAAAAUGCCUAGAUUAAACCAGUAUAUAUCAUUCUUGCUGUCUCACAAAAAAAAUAAUUGUGCGGUAGUUGGCGUUUCAGGAAGCAGCAGCCUUUCAGAGAAUGCGUGAAGACAGAAGAUGAUAACUUCAUUCUGCAUUUACUCUCACAGGCAUUUCAAAGCAGAACCAAUAACUGAGCAUGCUUCCUUUUCUCCCUGCUAGGUAGAUGCGGAGCAAUACUAUGGGGAGCUAGAAGAGAAAUUGACAGAUGAAUUUAAUGCGGAGCGGAGCCGGAUUGCGCUAAAGCGCCUCGACAUGGCUUUUGUCACAUUUCAGGAUGAGAGGAUGACAGCCACGUGAGUGUUCCCUGCUACUACUAAUUUCUCUAGGAGUUUGUUCACACUGAACAUCUUAACUUGCACCGUAUUUGAGGUCAGAAAGGAUUAUCUCCAAGGGGAACAUUAGGAAUAUAGGAAACUGCCUUAUACAGAGGCCAUCUGACCCUUAUACAUUGGCCCAUCUGACUCAGUAUUGACUGGCUGGCUGCUGUUUUCCAGGGUUUGGGGCAGCGAUCUCUCCCAGCCCUAUUGGAGAUGCCAGGGAUUGAACCUGGGACCUUCUGCAUCAUCAUCAUCAUCAUUUAUUACUUAUACCCUGCCCAUCUGGCCGGGCCUCCCCAUCUACUCUGGGUGGCUUCCAACAGGAUAUUAAAAACACAAUAAAACAUCAAACAUUAAAAAACCUCCCUAAACAGGGCUGCCUUCAGAUGUCUUCUAAAUGUCAGAAAGUUGUUUAUUUCCUUGACAUCUGGUGGGAGGGUGUUCCACAGGGCGGGCGCCACUACCAAGAAGCCACAGCCCUUUUGUCCAAAAUGGAGCUACAUUCUGUAUGGGAGUGGUAUUGGACCACCCUCCUCCAGCUGUUGCCUCUUCUCUCCCCCAGUAUUCUGAAGGAUUACAGCCGUGUCUGGUGUCGCAAGCAUCCACAACAGUCUUCUGUUACCACAGUGGUGAAAUCUCAUUGCUGGGGGGUCAGCUAUGCCCCCGCUCCCAACGACAUCAUCUGGUAAGUUCCCAUGCUUCUGCCAUCUUGGUUUUCAAGGGAGCAUCAAGGCAAGGAGCAAGUUCAACAUGUUGAAAUUUUAAGAUUCCGUGUUAUACUUUUGGGUGUUUCGAGACUAGCAAAUCCACCACUUUAAACCCUAGGCCAGCCUUCUCCAACCUAGUGCCCCAAAUAUGUUUUAGAAAAUGUCUGUCAGCCCCAUCCAACACAGCAUCAGGUUUUGGGAGGCUGGCCUGGGCAGUGACAUCAGGCAGAAAAGAGAGAGAGAUGUAAAUGUUCCUUUGGGCACUGAUGUUGAAAUAUGCUGGUGAGUCCAGAGAGUGUUUGGUUAUUCUGGUGCUUUUUUGUAGCCACUGUUAAAAAUUCACUGCAUAAAAAUUCAGGAAAAUUGAUAAAACGGUAAUCAAGGCAAUUAACAUUACAUGCUGAAAUGAAUCCCUAGGGAAAUUAUUAUUUAUUAUUAUUUAUUACAUCUGUAUACCACCCUUCAUCUGAAGAUCACAGGGCAGUUCACAACAUAAAAAUACAAAACGAGAAUAGCCUAACUUCUGUAAUCUAUGCUCUGGUAAACUAUAGGUGGAUCCAUUAGACUCCAAGGGCAGACCUCUGCAGAGGGUAAAAGGUGCCAAAAGCCUAAAUCUCAGCAGGAAGUGAUCUGACCAUGACAAGGGACUGAUGUCAGUAUCUCCCACUUUCGGAUCGCCUUCUUCCUACCCAGUUGAGAAAACAAGGUUCAAAGUGUAGCCUGCCACAUGCGUUGGGCCGAUGACAUGUUGGGACAGCCCCAUGGUCGUUAUGGCAGUCAUGGAGUCCUGAGCUACCCCACAGCCAGUGCCUCAGGGAGAUUUGGCUGAGUACAACUAUACCUUCAAAGCACAUUUCCCCCCUCAGGGCACUGCAGUUCAUUCCUCAGAGUUAAAAUUCCCAGCAAGCCUUCCCAAACUACAAUGCCCAUAAUUCUUUGAGCAACAAAAUUGUUGUUGUUGUUGUUGUUGUUGUUGUUGUUGUACCACCCUCUACCCAUAGAUCUCAGGGCAGUUCACAAUGAAAUGUGCUUUGAAUGUGUGCGCAGUCAUAGAGGAGAACGUUGGAAUUCAGACACAUUCAUGUGGCAGAAGGCAGACUUUUUAAUAUAUUUCCACAGGGAAAGUUAUGUUACUCUGCAUUGCAACAAAAACAACAGUUUUGUGGUGCCCAAAAGACUAACCAAUUUAUUGCAGCAUUAGCUUUUACAGACCACAUUCCAGUUCACCAGUUGCAUGAAGAAUAAUCCUCAUGUGCAUGUAUAUACAUGGUUGAUUGGGGAAUUGUAAGCAGUGAGGUCAGUGUCUGUAAUUUUUGCAUUUUAUUUCCCUCCGAUCUCACUGCUUACUACCCUUCCAUGUGUAGAUAUACCUGCAACUAGGGUUUACACCGCACGCAACUGAUGAACUGGACUUGAGCCCACAAAAGCGUAGGCCGCAAUUGAUUUCUUACUGCACCUUAGAAUCUUAGCUGUUUUUGUAUCGUUGCUUGUGGAAGAACUGGGUGAAACAAUAGCACCAUCUGCUGACUGCAAUUAAUACACUACACAAAGGUGGUGUGAAAACUGUUCUCGAGGAUACUGACAGGAUUUUUGCAGCUUCCGCAAGGACCAAAGAAAACUGCCUUAUACUAAGUCCAUCUAGCUCAGUUUUGUCUAUACUGACUGGGAGUUUCUCCUAACCUUACCUGGAGACACCAGAGAUUGAACCUUGGAUCUUUUGCAUGAAAAGCAGAUGCUACACCACUUGAGUUAUGGCCCUUCUCCUUGGCUACCUAGCAGACCCAUCUGGCUGAAGUGAGUAUUCAUCUGUAGAUGCUUUUGUGGGUACAGUGAUUGGUCAUCCACAAAGCAAAUAAUCCUCAAGCCAGUGUUACCUUUUUAAAACCAUCACUAAUUUCAGCAGCCAGCAUGUUGCAAACAACUGCAAACACUUGCACACAAUCAGUAUAUUUCUAGUUGGAUAUUAAGAUUUAUGCAGAAGUCCUAAACCCCAAAAGUGAGGGCAAGAGUGUUACUAUGAGAUGGGAACUUUUUAACUCCGCCUUCACUAACCUGGUGCCCUCCAUGUGUUUCGGUCUGCAGUCGUGCUGGCUGGGGCUGAUGGGAGUUGUAGUCUUAACACAUCUGGAAGGCCUCAGGUUGAUGGCAGCUGCUGUCACCUCUUGGCCGGCUGGCUUCCCUGCACUCCGCAUGCUCCUCAUGCUUUCUUUCUUGUAGGGAGAACUUAUCCGUCAGCGGUGCUUCGUGGUGGGUGCGAUUUGUCGUGCUCAACAUCUGCCUCUUCAUCCUCCUCUUCUUCCUCACCACGCCUGCCAUCAUUGUCAACACCAUGGACAUGUUCAACGUCACACGGCCUGUGGAGAGCCUCAAGGUGCACACUGCCAUCCCUUAUUGGUACUAGAGCCCAGCUAUGGGGAGGGUAACAUUCCCACUCCCUGCUUUUCAGGGCUUGCCCAUUCCAUGCCCAUCCACCCCCAAAAGAGAAGCAUAUACCUGUGAAAGCAUUGGACAGGGAAUGAAAUCUCUGCCUAAUGUCCUGAUAGUGGAGCCUUUAGCACUGCUCUGCCCAGGGGAGCCAGACUGCUGUGUGCUCUGUGCUAUGGUACUUGCCCAUCUUCAUCUUUGAUCUUCAAAUGCAUCCCGAUACUGAAUAGGUUGUUGCACCGAAGGAAGAAUGACACGGGUGAUCCUCUGGUUUAGAGAAGGAGCUGUGGCAGAAAUCUCCCAGCACAGAACAGCCAUUCAUCCUUUUUUGCCUUUGAUGUGGCGUUGUUUUUACCCAAGCCGCACUUACAGUCAGUGACCAAAUUAGCAGCAGUGAGAGGGAACCUAGGCUAUGCACUAUCAAGGAGAAGUUGUAUGCUUUUAGUCCUGUUCCCAGGGUGCGGCAGGCAGAGAGGCUGGUGGAUUCUUAGUAAAAGUAUUAAGUAAUAUUAUUCCUCCUGUCUAUCUCAUUUCCCAGAAUCCUAUUGUCACCCAGUUCUUCCCCACGCUGCUGCUCUGGGCUUUCUCAGUGUUCCUGCCUUUCAUCGUGUACUACUCUGCUUUCUUCGAAUCGCACUGGACGAGGUAACUCAUAUCCUUACCUACACUCGCAACUUUUAUAAUGGUUUUAUGCUGGAAACAAACCCCAGGGGUUAGAUUUUGUUGCAUUACGCAUUUUCAGAGUUUCUCUGGGGAUCUACCUGGCUGUGACAGUAACAGUAAAACUCAUUGCUGAAUCUGGGAAUCCUUUUAUCUGGUUGUUUUAAUAGCAUGGUUUCCUAAGUUAAAAGAAAAAACCUGGUAAACCCUAAAAGAACCCCAUGCUUUAUUUUAUUUAUUCAUAUUGGAGUAAAAGGGUUUGUAACUCUCAUUAUUGUUGUUGUUAUUUAUUACAUCGAUACACUGCCUUUAUCUCAAGGUGGUGUACAUGUUUCUCCUCCUCCUCCCUAUUUCAUCACAACAGCCCUGUGAGGUAGGUUAGGCUGAGAGACGGUGACUGGCCCCAGAUAAUUCAGUGAGCCUCAUGGCUAAGAGGGGAUUCAAACCCUGGCCUCCAAGGUCCUAUUCCAACACUAUAACCAUUAUGCCACACACACUGUAUGCUGCUUUAUUUAAAUCAGAUUUUAUUAAGGCUUUUCAUAAUACAAUACAAGAAAAAACAAACUAAUCUAAACAAAAACCAAAAAAAGAAAAAUGCAAAGUCCUCAUCAAAACCUCAAAGUGGGUUUCAGUGACAUUCUGUGAUAUUUAUUGUGGAAUCUGAGGAUGUUUUUAUCAGGUUGCUUUAGUAGUAUCAUUUCGGGAGUUUUACUACAAAAUUCAAACCUAGCUCCUGUUACGUUGCUGAUUGUCUCUCCCCAUGGGAUAAAUAUGGUGGGAUAAAUAUGUGUUGUUGUUGUUUUUCCCUUUUAGGUCAAAUGAGAAUCAGAUCACAAUGCACAAGUGUUAUUUUUUCCUGGUGUUUAUGGUUAUCAUCUUGCCCUCACUUGGAUUGACCAGGUACAAAGCAACUUGCAGAUGUUAAAACACAAAUCAUUCUUCCUUUGUUCAGGCCUUUUGUGAAGCCUCUUGGAGGCCUUUUGUUUGCAGAUUGAAUGCAUGCUUCCUGUCUCACAGAACACACUGCAGUUCAGCCCCCCUCUGAUAGGGAGACCAGCAGUUCUGAAUAAGUAGUUGGCAAGAUUUAAAGCCAGAAGUGAAUCAGCAGCACUUGAGAUUUGAGGGAGAUUUGCACAAGUGUGUUUUCCAUGUGGUAGCUCAAAUUACCACAUAAAACCUUGUUUUUAAAAUGAUUUGCUGAUAUUAAGCUUACUGUCAUAUAAAAGGAAGGUAAAUUGAAUCCACUCCUUUCAAAAGAGAAAAUUAAGCUCAUCUUAGAGGUAAAUUUAUUUAGGAUUGAGACUUGACUUGGCACUCCGUUCUUCCUUUCUAAAGCAAAAUAAAUGCUUUCUCGGGCAUUUUGAUUUGCAUGAUAAUAAUAUAAUAAUAAUAAUUUAUUAUUUAUACCCCGCCCUUCUGGCUGAGUUUCCCCAGCCACUCUGGGCGGCUCCCAAUCAAGUAUUAAAAACAAUACAGCAUUAAAUAUUAAAAACGUCCCUAAACAGGGCUGCCUUCAGAUGUCUUUUAAAGAUAGGAUAGCUACUUAUUUCCUUCACAUCUGAAGGGAGGGUGUUCCACAGGGUGGGCGCCACUACCAAGAAGGCCCUCUGUCUGGUUCCCUGUAACCUUACUUCUCGCAAUGAGGGAACCACCAGAAGGUCCUCGGCGCUGGAUCUCAGCAUCCGGGCUGAACGAUGGGGGUGGAGACACUCCUUCAGGUAUACAGGACCGAGGCCGUUUAGGGCUUUAAAGGUCAGCAACAACACUUCGAAUUGUGCUCGGAAACGUACUGGGAGCCAAUGCAGAUCUCACAGAACCGGUGUUAUGUGGUCCCGGCGGCCACUUCCAGUCACCAGUCUAGCUGCCGCUUUCUGGAUUAAUUGCAGUUUCCGGGUCACCUUCAAAGGUAGCCCCACGUAGAGCGCGUUGCAGUAGUACAAGCGAGAGAUAACUAGAGCAUGCACCACUCUGGUGAGACAGUCCGCGGGCAGGUAGGGUCUCAGCCUGCGUACCAGGUGGAGCAUGAGAAAGUAGAGACAAAGUAGUAGGUGGUAUUUCACGACUUCAGUCUUUAUCUGUAUAAGAGGGCAGUGUGUAUGAAGGUCCGGAGAGGGGCAAAUCACAGGGGCCUUGGGGCUACACAACAAAAAUCCUAAAGGCUACACCAGCAGCGGCUGUGGUGGUGGAGCAGAGCCUCCCCUCCCUCCCAGCACUAGCAUUGCUAUAGCUUCCAUGUACAGGCUAGGGCAAAGUGCCGCUGAAGUUGGGAAUGCACAGACACACUGGUGAAGCUGGCAUGGUGGUCCUGCUGGCAUAGCCCCAACCUUCAGUGGGCUAGACUAGUGGCCUGGGGGUCCUGCAUAAGUUUCCUUGCAAAAGAAUAAGCCACUGUGUUCCAUUCUUGCUCUCUGUUCUCCUUCCCCAGUUUGGAUCUCUUCUUCCGCUGGCUCUUUGACACCCACUUUGUGGAUCAGGCAGAGAUCAAGUUUCAGUGAGUAUUGCUCAGACCUGUGUGUGAGAGACAAAGAGGGCUCACCAGUUCUGCUGGCAGGGUGGGUGUCCUGGUUUGUGUUUAUGAGGUACGUCACGAGCAUGUGUGGCCUUGGUUCUCAGCAAAGGUUUCUGGAGGUGCCACUUUCUCCCGGUCUGUUUAGAGCAUCUCUCUUCUCACUCCUCCACCCCUGGUUUCUUCCCACCUAGGUGUGUUUUCCUGCCCGACAACGGUGCUUUCUUUGUCAACUAUGUUGUCACCUCCAGCCUGAUUGGGACAGCCAUGGAGUUGCUGCGCAUCCCUGGACUCAUUGUCUAUGCCACGCGGCUCUGCUUUGCCAAGUCUGAACCGGAGCGGCUCCACAUCAAGCGGGUUUGCGGUUUCGUUACUUUCUCACUCACACUCAGCCACAUGCCGUCCUGUCUUAGGGCCAGAAGGCUGUCCUCUUGGCACUUCUGUGUUUUGUGAAUCUCUGGGAUUCCCUCUUGUUAUGUUUUGUUCUGAAGCAACUCUGUCCUGUAAGGGUGUGGAAAUGCCACCCACCCCCAACCAAAAAACUCACAAAUGGCCAGGCUUGAGGUUCAGCUUCUCCAAAGGUUUAUGAGAAACAUCAACUUAGGGCAAGCUUCAGUCCUGGAGUGUUAUAAGUUAGGAUUAUAUAUAUAUUCUAUGUGUUUCAGCUGCAUACUAUGCAGUGUGUGAGUGAGAACAAAAUUUCACUUCUUGAGAAGCUUAGCUUUCUCUUUUCGCAGAAGGGCACUUGCCUGUGCAUUGUUGUUGCAGAUAUAAUAUUGGAAAACAAGGACAGCAAUCUUGGGGGAAGGGUUCUAGUGGCCCAGGUUCUUAUGGAGCAGGAAUCUCAUGAAAGUCAAGCUGUAUUUGGGAGUUCACUGUCAUGAUACUUAUCAUCCGAAGGGGACCCACCUCUUUUACUGUGUCACCAUCUGCUGGCCCCCACUGCCUUCCACACUUUGGGGGAGGGAGAAGGUUUGAAGUAGGAUCUACACAUGUCUAGGCUCCCUGUGUGCACAACCCUGCCUAUACGAUCCUGGUUGUGUAUGAUGCUAAAUAAUGUAGGGAAUCUCCCCACUUUAGACUUCCUCCUCUUGUGAGUGGAGGGUGGUGUGGCUGGGCAGCGGAGAUGCAACACAGAGGCCCGUAACAUAAUUUCAAUCACAUGAGUAUUAGACACCCAAAGAGGGCUUCUGAUUGGCCCAGAGCAGACAAUGCUUAACACAUUGACCAUGGUUAGCACUGUUGUCUAAACACUGCUUAACAUCCCAAAGAAACAUUGAAACCAUGAUGUAGCUUGUAAAGGGCAUAUCUAAGGAGAUGUUAGCAAAACCUGAUUGUUGUUUUGCAGGCAAGAGAAGCUCAGGAGGCAGGGAGGCAGAAGCUGCCUCAACCACAGUUUGCUCGGUGCAGGCCAACGCAGUGGUUUGCAACCUAUUUGAACCAUGAUUUUGCAUCCUGGUUUGUGGCCAAUACUUAACCAUGGUUUAGGUACAGAGAUGUAAUGCUUAACCAUAGCUAAGGGAAACAAAUCAUAUUGGCUCAAGGCUUUUAAGUGUGCUAACCCAGCCAAUAAGUGUUCUUUUAGUUCUCCUUAUGAUGAAGUAAAAGACAACAAGAUAAAUGUGCUACUGUGUUUUCCUUAGAACCAAGCUUAUGAGUUCCAGUUUGGACUGGAGUAUGCCUGGACCUGCUGUAUAUUUGCUGUUGUCAUGACCUAUAGCAUCACCUGCCCCAUUAUUGUCCCCUUUGGUAAGUAUCUCUGUCAGCCCCCUAAAGUUCCUGUCCUUGUUUAGUCACUUGAGAAAAUCAAUAUCCUAGUCAGAUUUCAGGAUGCAUGGGGAAGGAUAUGGGGAAUAAAGAUGGGCUGCUGGGCAGGGCAGCUGCUGAAGUUUGCCUAAUAGGAUUCGGGGCAAAACGUGGGGUUCUGCUACCAUGCAGUUGUGUUUCACAGCUAAAAGCAGCCUUACCAAAAUCCACAUGGCUGCACUCCAAUCCAUUGGGCAAACACUGGGCUGCCAUACUUUCUACAUUUAAAAACUUUAGAUCAGGAGUAGCCAAUAUGGUGCCCUUCAAAUGAUGUUGGACUCCAACUCUCAUCUUCCCCAGUCGGGGCUGAUGGGAGUAAUCCAACAGCAUCUGAAGGGCACCAUAAUGCCUACGCCUGUCUUAGAUGUUUUCAUGCAUUUGUGCUCAAGGCUGUAGCCUUAAUGCAAGGGGAAGGACUGUACCUUAGUGGUAGAACAUGAGCUUUGCAUGCACAGAAUCCCACAUUCAGUCUCUGGGAAACUCAUUCUGAGACUUUGUAGAGUUCCAAUCAAUUGGUAGAGGCAAUACUGAGCCCAUUAGUGUAGAUGCUGCUGCUCUGACUCAGUUAUAAGGCAGCUUUUGUUCCUCUACCAACACACACACAAAGAUAUUUCAGGCUCCUCUGAAUUAUUAGUGUUCUGGGUUUGGUUUGGUUUGGUUUGGUUUGGUUUGGUUUGGUUUGGUUUGGUUUGGUUUGGUUUUAAUAAAAAGCAAAUCUCUAGCUCAGGGUUUCCCAAACUUGGGUCUCCAGUUGUUUUUGGACCACAAUUCCCAUCAUCCCUGACCACUGGUCCUGCUAGCUAAGGAUGAUGGGAGUUGUAGUCCAACAGCAGCUGGAGGCUCUGUGUAAAUAAUGUAAUAAUGUGUAAAUAAUGCAUAUUAAGCUACAUUUAUUUGGGUUUUCGCUCUUUCACAUUGAAUUAUAAUACCCCAUUCCCAAAGUACACUUUCUGGACAGAAAAUGACUAUGGGCCUCUACUUUGCCCGGUGUACAGGAUUUGUAUUCCAUUCUGCCCAGUACUCCUGGCUGCCAGCAACUCUCAAUGGUCACAGGCAGAGGUCUUUCCCAGCCCAGCUACCUGGAAUCCUUUUUUAACAGAAGAAGCCAGGGAUUGAAUCUGGGGCCUCCUGCAUGCAGAGCACGUGCCCCACUACUACCUAAGCUGUGGCCUCUCCCACUGAAUCGUCUGCUGCAAAAUCUCUCUUGACCAAGCCCCUUAUCUUCUUGCCUACCGGCAUCUCCUUUGACCAUUCCUUGUCCUUCUGCUCCCAUAUCGGUGCCUGCAGGUUUGCUGUAUAUGCUGCUGAAGCACAUGGUUGACCGCUACAACAUUUACUAUGUCUACAUCCCCACCAAACUGAACCAGCGCAUCCACACGGCAGCUGUGAGCCAGGUGGUGGUAGCUCCCAUCCUCUGCAUGUUCUGGCUGCUCUUCUUCUCCGUCAUCCGACUAGGUAGGCAAGGGAUGCCAUCAAGCAUACCCUGAGCUGAACCUUCUUCCUCUAAGGCUGGGGCUUAUUGACAUUUAUUUAGGAAAGGUUGAGUAGUAUCCAGACUGAGCGCAUCCAUUUACCCCCAGGAAGUUGCUUUGAAUGUUGUGUUGGCUGGGGCUGGUGAGUCCAAUAACAUCUAAAGGGCCACAGAUUCACCACUGGUGAUUUAGAGAGCCCUCAUCCAGAUGUGACAGGCCUUGCUCCUUACAAAAGCGGGUUUGGGUCUCAGGAGUUGCAGACUACUUUAAAUUGUAGGCAGAGAAAGCAGUGGCACCUAAUGUCAUUUCCUGGUCUGUCAACACUGUAGGCUCCAUCAGACCCAUCACCAUUUUCACCUGCGUGGUCCUUGUCUCCUGCAUCCUUUCUUCCUUCUUUGGCCUUUGUCUGAAGAAGCUGCAUCCAAGGAAGCCCUCCAGUUACCAGGUAAGAAAGGCAAGAAUGUGCCCAGUUUACUGUGUGCUGUUUCUUACAUUUGCUCAUGACCACUUGUCACCUGAGCUACAUGAGGAAAAUCCAAGCAUGGGGAGAAGUUUACCACAAUAUUAUUUACGAUGCAUGCACACACUUCUCAGACUAGCAUGUUCCACCCACAACCACUUUUAAAAUGUUGUGCUACAUACAUUUGCUUUGAAAUGGAUGGAUGCGUGCAUUAAACCUUUUACCAAAAAGGUGAAAUGCUUGUCAGAUCUACUUUAGAAAAUACAUAUAGAGAAUUGGAUGCCUCGGAACACAUUCUGAAUGGAGGAGUUUAUCUUUGGUACCAGAACUGAUCUCACAGUCCUGUCAGACUAAAGUCUGGUCCUGGUUCGCAUUCUUGGUUUCAGCAGCCAAAUUUAGUCAGAGAAAGUUGUUUUGUUGCUGUUGUUAAGAGUCAGGAAACCCUUGCUGAUACACCACAAACCAGGCAGAGAUGUACUAGUAGACCUCGACUGACCUCUGCCCCACUCCUUCUGACAAAUAACACAAACACAACAUACAAAUACCGGGGGGGGGGGGGGGAAUCAACUCUCAAAUGCUGACCAAAAGAAUAUAGUUCUGUCAAGCAGGUUUGGAUACUGUAGGUGAAGCUGUCUAAUCUUGGAAGAAUUAUGUAUGUGCUUAUUGAAUCCUGAUGACUCCAAUAAGGAAUUGCAUAGGACUUCAAAGUAUCAGCGAGAAAACAGAAAAAGAAAUGCUGCUGCAAGUCUUGCUGAUAUUUUACAUUGUGUGUCUUUGUUACUACUGGGUACCCCUUUUAUGGUUUCCUGGUUAUUUGGGGCAUUCGUUCUCCCUCUUUAUGGUUGCAUUAUUCUUCGGUGUUACAUUUUUGUACCUCAAAAGGCACUAUAAUACACUGAGUCACACAACUAUUUUUCACUUCCCCACAAUCUUAGUAAUUUCCCUUGAAUAGCCUGAAAACAAAGAGAAGUGCAUUCUCAGAUCGUAGUGACAGCUCAUUUUGUGCCUUUUAGGUUUGUAUUCCAUUUUUUCUCCAAGGAGCUCCAAGCAGCAUGUGUGCUUUAUGGUCCAUUUUGUCCUCACAAUAAUUUUGUGAGGGGUUUUAGCCCAUGAUCUUCAUGAAUGAGUGGAUAUUUGACCUGGGGGUCUUCCUAGUCUAAGUUCAGUAGUAUAUCCCCUUACACGAGGGUGUUUUUACAAGGUGUCCACCUCAAAAAUAGCCAUGAUCUAUUGACCUACAGCAGGGAUGGAGAAGUUUUGACCCUCCCAUUGGUUCCAGCCAGAUAAUAGGAAAUGUAGUCCAACAAUAUAUGGAGGGCUCCAGGUUUGUAACACUUGCUUUUGGGAGAAUCACCAUUUUGGGAGCUACGGGUCGAGCAUCAAUCCCUGUUUUCUGUCCCUCGCCCAACUUUAUUCUCCUCUCCACCUGCAAGCAGAUGUCUGAGCAAUCUGAAGGUGCCUUCAAUGAUACAGAAAGGAGCAGCAUUUCUUCAACCCCCAAUUCAAAUGUAAGUAUAUCUUCCAUUUCCUGUAUGCCUCCCUUCCUGGCCUUGCACACUUGCUUGCAAUGUCCCAGUUCUCUCGUGCAGACUGGCAAGGUCCACGUGCCAGCGUUUCUGCAGUCACUGUCCUUUCACAAAAGGGAAGAGUUAAGGAGAAAUUUGUCCUUUCAGCAAGAUGCAAAGCAAAGGACCUCAGAAUUGUAACUUCCUUGCUCUAUGUGUUGUAGAUGUUUGUGGCUACAGUGCUUCAGGAGCCAGAACUAAGCCUAACGCCAGCAGCCUCCCCAGCUCACCAGUCUUACGGCACCAUGGGCAGCCGCCUGGAGCAAGCCGAGAACAUGGAGGAGGGAGGCCUGCAGAGCUUUGAAACAGAGCUGGAGAGCACGGAGGGCGAAUACAGAACCGGGCCGGUGCUGGAUGACCAAACCCGCUAUCAUUGA